AUGAGCGCGUUUUCGGGGGGAGAGCAGCAGCUGGCAGUGCGGCUGUCUCCUGCUGCAGCAGCGGCAGCAGCAGCAGCAGCAGCUGCUGCAGCAGCAGCAGCAGCAGAUGCAACAGUAGCAGCAGGACCAACAGCAGCAGCAACAGCAGACACUGCAGCAGCAGCAGCAGCAGCAGACACUGCAGCAGCAUCAGCAGCAGCAGACACUGCAGCAGCAUCAGCAGCAGCAGACACUGCAGCAGCAGCAGACACUGCAGCAGCAGCAGCAGCUGCUGCUGCUGCAACUGCAGCAGCAGAUGAGGCAGAAGCGUUAGCUGCUGCUCUGCUGGACCUCGCACAAGACAUUUGGAUGUGCGUGAAGAAAGACUACCGGCUGCAGCAGCAGCAGCAGCAGCAGCAGCAGCAGCAGCAGCAGCAGGUGACGAGCAGCCGAGCAGCAGCAGGCCCCAAAGAUGUGUUGCUGCUGCAGCAUGCAGUAGCAGCAGCAACUGCAGCAGCAAACGCGCUGCAGCAGCAAGACAGACAGUACGGAGGCAGCAGCAGUGUUAUCGGGCCCCGCCGCAGCAGCUACUUCAGCAGCAGCAGCAGCAGCAGCAGCAGCAGCAGCACGUGCUGCUGCUGUUGCAAAACUUCUGCUGCUGCUGUGCUGCAGCAGCAGCAGCAGCAGCGGCAGCAGAGGGAGUGGGGCCUUCCGUCUCCUUUUGCUGCUUCAGGGUCACCCCCCUUCUCUGAUUGGAGCAGCAGGAGCUGCAGCAGCAGCAGCAGCAGCAACAGCAGCAGCAGCAGCAGCAGCAGCAGCAACAGCAGCACGGAACGCUUCCUACGGGUUCUGCCUCUGUGUCUUCCUUUCUUAUCUCUAGAAGAGAGAAUCGGCAGGUCACCCCCCUUCUCUGAUUGGAGCAGCAGGAGCUGCAGCAGCAACAGCAGCAGCAACAGCAGCAGCAGCAGCAGCAGCAGCAGCAACAGCAGCACGGAACGCUUCCUAAGGGUUCUGCCUCUGUGUCUUCCUUUCUUAUCUCUCGAAGAGAGAAUUGGCAGUGUAUCUCUGGUGAGCCGGGGCUGUCUGCGGGUGGCUUGGGAUACCCCCAUCGAAGCAGCAGACUUCUGCUCCGCCAAGGCCCCGCGCUCCCGCAGAGAAAAUGCUGCUGCGGGGUCGUGCGGUGUGGAGAGCAGCAGCAGCAGCAGCAGCAGCAGCAGCAACAGCAGCAGCAGCAGCAGCAGCAACGGGGUUGCUGCUGCUGAAUCCAGUUCAUUAGAGAACGCAUCAGCAGAUCCAUGCACAACAGCAGCAGCAGCAGCAGCAGCAGCAGCAGCAUCUCCCUCACCCCCAUCAUCAUCAUCAGCAGCACCAGCACCAGCAGCAGCAGCAGCAGCAGCAGCAGCAGCAGCACCAGCAGCAGCAGCAGCAGCAGCCCGUUCUUUGCAUGUAUUAGGCCGGCGGUGCCCGCGUCUCUCUCGUUUGUCUCUGAGCUUCAGCAGCACGCAGCUGUGCUUGCUGCUGCCGCCGCAGCAGCGCAGCAGCAGCUGCUGCUUGUGUGGCUGCUGCACUUGUGAGGGAGCAGCAGAAGCAGCAGCAGCAGCAGCAGCAGCAGCGAGGGCACCGCAGAGCGCAGCAGCAGGAACAGCAGCAGCAGCAGCAGCAGCAGCAGCAGCAGCAGCAGCAGGCGCAUGCAGACAAAAGCUGCAGGCUCUCAAGGCCGUCACCGAGCUGACCCUAACGGGGCUGAAGUCUCCUGCUGCUGUGCAGGCGCUGCAGUCGCAGAUGCAGCAGCAACGCCCCCUGCAGCAGCAGCAGCAGCAGCAGCAGCAACAGCAGCAGCAGCAGCAGCAGCAAGCAGCUGCUGCUCCGUGUUCCAGCGCAGGGGCUCAACAGGGGAUACCUGGGAGGUACAGAGAAAAUGCUGCUGCGGGGUCGUGCGGUGUGGAGAGCAGCAGCAGCAGCAGCAGCAGCAGCAGCAGCAGCAACAGCAGCAGCAGCAGCGGGAUGGCUGCUGCUGAAUCCAGUUCAUUAGAGAACACAUCAGCAGAUCCAUGCACAGCAGCAGCAGCAGCAGCAGCAGCAGCAUCUCCCUCACCCCCAUCAUCAUCAUCAGCAGCACCAGCAGCAGCAGCAGCAGCAGCAGCAGCAGGAGCACCAGCAGCAGCAGCAGCAGCAGCCCGUUCUUUGCAUGUAUUAGGCCGGCGGUGCCCGCGUCUCUCGCGUUUGUCUCUGAGCUUCAGCAGCACGCAGCUGUGUUUGCUGCUGCCGCCGCAGCAGCGCAGCAGCAGCUGCUGCUUGUGUGGCUGCUGCACUUGUGAGGGAGCAGCAGAAGCAGCAGCAGCAGCAGCAGCAGCAGCGAGGGCACCGCAGAGCGCAGCAGCAGGAACAGCAGCAGCAGCAGCAGCAGCAGCAGCAGCAGCAGCAGGCGCAUGCAGACAAAAGCUGCAGGCUCUCAAGGCCGUCACCGAGCUGACCCUAACGGGGCUGAAGUCUCCUGCUGCUGUGCAGGCGCUGCAGUCGUGCAUGCGUCCAGCAGCAGCAGCAGCAGCAGCAGCAGCAGCAGCAGGUGUAUCGGUGGCGACAGCAGCAGCAGCAGCAGCAGCAGCAGCAGCAGCAGCAGCAGCAGCAGGCGAUGGUCGGUGUCUUUAG